AUGUUGACUUCAAAGAAGAUUGUGUUGAGAAGUUCAGAUGACGAAACAUUCGAGGUGGAAGAGGCCGUGGCGUUGGAGUCGCAGACUAUCAAGCACAUGAUUGAAGAUGAUUGUGCCGAUUCCAUCAUUCCUUUGGCGAACGUAAGCAGUAACAUCUUAUCCAUGAUCAUUGAGGACUGCAAGAAACACGUCGAGACCCCCAAGUCCGAAGACAAAACUUCCGAAGAUGCUCUCAAAACUUUUGACACCAACUUCGUCAAAGUCGACCAAGCCACUCUCUUCGGUCUCAUCUUGGCUGCAAACUAUUUGAACAUCAAAAGCUUAUUAGAUCUGACAUGCCAAGCAGUAGCAGACAUGAUCAAAGGGAAAACUCCAGAGGAGAUCCGCCAGACUUUUAACAUUAAGAAUGACUUCACUUCUGAGGAAAAAGAGGAGGUUCGUAGGGAGAAUGCAUGGGCCUCUAAGUGAAAACAUAAAGGAGAUAUUAUGCAAUGUCAAUACCCAUUAGAGGAUUGCUAUAUUAGUAUAACAUAUGCUAUGCACCCUUUUUUUUCUUCUUUUUUUCUUUUUUUACAUUGGUGAAAUACAUGGUUUUCUUUUUUGCUUUGUGAAAAGCUUCAACUUCCUUUCCAAAAAAUAUGAAUCUUCAUUAUUGCCAUGCCUAAUAUAUAGUAUAUAUAGAGAGAAUAAGAGACCUAAUUACAAAAAAGUAUUAAAUCCAACCCAAAAAAAAAAAAAAAAAAAAAAAAAAAAAAAGGACAAAACUGUCCAACAUCAAUAAUUUAACAUUGAACACAAAACUGGAAAGCAAUUUCUUGUUAGUGUGGUGAUAUGUAAACAUCUGAGGACUGAAAGUGGUUUGAAAGUGGAUGUCACUAAAAAAAACAUUUUCC